AGAAAAACUACUUAAAAACUCUCUCCGAUGGCGAUGGCGAUUUACUAGGGUUUCAUGGACUUGCAAGGAUGGGAUCCCGGAGAUCAAAGGUUAUUACGAGACAAUUGGAAGGUUUUAAGGAACAAUCAGAGGGCAGAUUUACAUCCCUAUGACGUUUUCUUUGGUGGAUGGAAGCCAAAGGGGGUCUUUGAAAGGAAUGUUUUUCCGGAUCUUCGAAGGAAUCUCUGGAGUUUAGGAAAGUUUUAUACGACAAGGCGGGGAGAAUCAGAGGGAUCUUCAAUCUCGUUCCGGUUAAGGGAGUUCUCUUCACGCAUCUUUCAACCACGAGAUCUCUGUGGUAGGAUCCUCGUUCUCAUUAAAACGAGAUCACAAGAUCUAAGUGGGUUAAGGUUUAACGGUUGCAGAACGGAUAUUAUACGAUCUGUUUUACUGGGGAAAUGGCGACACAUGAGGCGAUCUAAGGUUCUCAUGACUUCACGACGAUGGGAUUCUGGUGUUGGAGGCGGGUUUUGGUGGGGCCUAGUGGAUUGGCAAAGUGAGAAUCAGGGGGUCGUGGAAUGGAGAUUGCCUUGGAAUCUCCGAGGUGUUGAUUUGGUUAUAGAAAAAGGAAACUUUGGAAAGUUAAGGAGGCUUGGGAUUUCAGCGAAUUGGAUUACGAUUUCGAUCAUCAUCAAGACGAAAUCGAAGGGAUAUACAGAUAUAUUUGGGAACUUUAGGGAUAUUUGGCUUGUCUGGAGGUAUCUUUUGGAAUUCAUGGGAGAGAGGGAUCAAUGAUAGAUACAACAAUACCGCUAAGGCUUGUUUUUUUCUUAAUUUUAUUUUGGUAUGGAUUGUAAAACCAAACAGAUCAGUUAUUGUGUUGGGGAUGGUAGUGGAGGAUAUAACAUUCUUGGUAACAGAGUGGUAUGAAGAAAUGAUAGAAUUAUUUGGAUUUCUAUAUAUAGUAGUGACCACUAUGGAGAUGCAUUAUACGGAUAUUAAGGUGAGGCUUCGAGUGGAAGAUUUGACGACAAAAUUUAAUAUCAUUGCCUGGUUGGGAAAUUUUGAUGUUGCUAGUUUGAAAUGUAUAAUCUUUAGUUUGAAAGCGGUUUCUUUUAUUAGAGAUAUCCGGAGGCUUUGGAGUUUAUGGUUAUUGAAACAUAAAUCGAAUUUGGCUUGUUUAAAUAAUAAACACAUGCGGCGGGAGUGGUUUCGAGAUGAGCUCUGGUUCUGGAUACAAUGGUAUACUAAUUGGCAUCAGCAUGUGGGAUUGCGACAAUCUACGCGAGGGCUAGGCAGGGGUGUGUGGAGUUUUGACAUUGGUCGGUUUCUGGGUGGCAUCAAACCUGAGCCCUUUCGCUCGAAUGAGCAAUAUACAUACUUUUAUAUAUGAAAAUACUAAGCUGGAAUUGCAAAGAACUUGGAAGUCAUUGGACCAUAAGUUAUCUUCAGGAAAUACGGCACAAACAUAAACCAGAUUUUUUGUAUUGAGACGAAACAUGAUUUUGAAUUUGUUCAAAAAUUUCAAUCUCACUUUGGAUACGACAGUCUACCGUGGAUCCGAAUGGGAGGAGUGGUGGUUUAGCUCUUUUUUAUAAUAAUGAGUAUCAAGUAAAGAUUCUUUAUUCUAGUAAUAGAAUGAUUGACAUUGAAGCAGUGAGCAAUGGGAAACAAGUUUUCCUUACCUUUGUCUAUUGAGACCCGGUUCAAGAGUUAAGAGAACAGGUAUGGGAAAAAUUGACUAGGUAUGGAUUCGCACGAUCUGAACCUUGGUUUAUUAUUGGUGAUCUAAAUGAGAUUACGGGAACCAUGAAAAGGAUGGGGGGCCUUUACGGAGUGCAACCUCUUUUAUUCCUUUCAAUAAUAUGAUAAGGAAUAGUGGUUUACUGGAAUUCCCAGCCCGUGGUAAUAAAAUGUCAUGGCAAGGACGGAGAGGUAAAGGGAAAGGAGCUUUAACAGUCAGAUGCCGACUGGAUAGAGCCUUGGCUAAUGAGGAAUGACAUACACUUUUCCCAUACUUUUAUACAGAAUAUUUGAGGCUGGUGAGGUCAGAUCAUCGGCCUGUGGUAGCUUUUUUGGAAGAUAAAUUAACAAGAAGGAGAAGGGGACAAUUCAGGUUUGAUAAGCGAUGGAUUGGCCAAGAGGGACUCAUGAAAUCAAUUGUAUCGGGUUGGACAGAAAAUCAGGAAGAUCCAUCAACGGAUUUUAUUACUAAGAUUAAUAAUUGUCGUCAUGAAAUAUCUUCAUGGCGAAAAAACAACCAGCCAUAUGGGAAGGACAAAAUUCAGGAUCUCCAACAAGCGCUGGAAGAAGUACAAACAGAUAACAAUAGAUCACAAAAGAAUAUUAUUGAGAUUUCCAGGAAAUUACAAGAGGCCUAUAAGGAAGAGGAGGAAUACUGGCAUCAAAAGAGUAGAAAUAUGUGGCAUUCAUCUGGGGACCUUAAUACUAAGUUUUACCAUGCUUUGACGAAACAACGUCGGAUCAGAAAUAAAAUAGUGGGUCUCUAUGAUGAAGCGAGUAAUUGGGUCACAAAAGAGAACGGUGUUGAAAAGGUGGCGGUAGAUUACUUUGAUGGUUUGUUUAAUUCAACUAACCCAGUAGAGUUUGAUAGUUUUUUGGAAGAGAUAGGGCCAUCAAUUUCCCCACAGAUGAAUCUUAUGCUACUGCGAGUAGCAACGGAGGAAGAAAUUCGUCAAGCUUUAUUCAUGAUGCAUCCGGGGAAGGCGCCAGGCUCAGAUGGAAUGACGGCUCUCUUCUUUCAGCAUUCCUGGAAUGUCAUUAAAAGGAUGUGGUCGAGUUGGUAAAUAAUUUCUUGGUCACAGGAGAUAUGGACUCACGGUUGAAUAUAACUAAUAUAUGUAUGAUACCAAAAAUAGAGAAACCUACAAGGAUGACGGAACUAAGGCCGAUAAGUCUAUGUAACGUUGGUUAUAAGAUUAUCUCGAAAGUGUUGUGUCAAAGAUUGAAAAAUUGUCUUCCCCAUCUAAUUUCGGAAACACAAUCGGCUUUUGUGGCAGAAGCUUAAUAUCGGAUAAUAUUCUUAUUGCGCAGGAAAUGUUUCAUGGCUUGCGAACCAACAAAUCCUAUCAAAAUAAGUUUAUGGCGAUUAAAACGGAUGUGAGAAGGCAUAUGAUCGGGUAGAGUGGGAUUUUAUCGAGGCUCUUCUCUAUAAAAUGGGAUUUGAUCCUCAUUGGGUUAAAUUAAUGCGAGGGUGUAUAUCUUCAGUUCAAUAUAGAGUUCUUCUCAAUGGGCAACCGAGAGGCCUUAUAAUACCUCAGCGGGGAUUACGUCAAGGAGAUCCAUUAUCUCCUUAUUUAUUUAUUAUGUGUACUGAGGCUUUAAUCACGAAUAUAAAAAAAGCGGAGCGGGUGAAACAAUUAACCGGUAUGAAGGUAGCAAGAGCGUAUCCAGCAGUUUCUCAUUUGCUAUUUGCAGAUGAUAGUUUGUUCUUCUGUAAGGCAAACAAAGAAGAGUGUUAAACUAUCCUCAGGAUACUAAAGGAUUAUGAGACUGUAUCAGGGCAACAAAUCAAUUUUCAGAAAUCCUCAAUUCAAUUUGGACAUAAAAUUGAGGAAUCCAGUAGGCAAGAGUUGAGAGAUAUUUUCGGGAUUCAGAACCUAGGAGGUAUGGGUUCUUAUUUAGGCUUGCCGGAAAGUUUAGGGGGAUCUAAGGUUCCAGUGUUUGGUUUUGUACAAGAUCGUCUGAAUAAUAGGGUGAAUGGCUGGACUCUUCGGUUUUUUACAAAAGGGGGAAAAGAGGUGAUCAUUAAGUCGGUUAUCACAGCUCUGCCAAAUCAUGUGAUGUCGGUGUAUCGAUUGCCGAAAGCUAUAGUGAAGAAAUUAACGAGUGCAGUAGCUCAGUUUUGGUGGAGCACAGGAGGAAGUACAAGGGGUAUGCAUUGGAAAUCAUGGGAUAAAUUAUGUGUUCAUAAGGAUAAUGGUGGGUUAGACUUCAAGGAUUUGACUGAUUUUAAUACAGCAAUGUUGGGAAAUCAGCUGUGGAGGCUGAUUGAGAAGUCAAAUUCUCUUUUUUCGCGAAUCUUCAAAGGACGAUACUACAGGAAUGCUUCACCCCUGGAACCGAUUCGUUCAUAUUCCCCGUCGUAUGGCUGGAGGAGUAUUAUCUCUGCUAGAUCUAUGGUUUGUAAAGGACUAAUUAAAAGGGUUGGAACAUGGUCAUCUAUCUCAGUAUGGAAUGACCCUUGGAUCCCAUCCACUCGCCCGAGACCAGCAAACAAAAACUUUCAUAACAGUUACCCGGAUCUCACAGUGGAUUCCCUCAUUCAUCAGGAAUCCCGAACAUGAAAUUUACAGGCAAUUAGGACUUUGGUGGACCCCCAUGAUGCAAAAAUGAUUGAGAGUCUUCCUCUGAGUAGAAAUCAAUUGAAUGAUAGGGAUGGAUGGCAUUUCACUAAUAAUGUAAGAUACACGGUAUAAUCAGGGUAUCAAGUAGAAAGGAUAUAUUCUGAUAAGGAAAAACAACCAUAAUUUUAUGGACCCAAUGUGGACAUUCUUAAAGCAUUCUGCUGGAAAGUGAAGUGUCCUCCAAAGUUAAGGCAUUUUUUAUGGCAGCUGUUGACAGGUUGCAUAGCAGUGACCAAAAAUUUAAAAUCAAGAGGAAUACAAGGAUAUACAAGCUGUGCAAGGUGUGGAGACCCGGAGGAAUCAAUAAAUCAUGUGUUUUUUGAAUGUCCUCUGGCACGGCAAGUGUGGGCACUAUCUAAGAUCCCAUCGAACCCAAAUAUUUUUCCUUUGGGCUCGAUAUUUGCUAAUAUGGAUCAUCUGUUUUGGAGAGUCAAUCCAAAAAUGGAGGAUCAUCUGUUUGCAUAGAUUCUAUGGUACAUUUGGAAGGGUCGGAAUAACAAAGUGUUCAGUAAUAUUGAUAUUGACUCGAGGGAAACGCUAAACUUAGCAGAAUUGGAAUCAACACUUUGGAGGCACAAAUUGUCAAUAACCCCAGGGUGUCCCCUGAAGCGCAGAUCAGAGUUCCCUCACGGACUACAGGAAGAUGGUGUUUCAUUGACAGUUCUUGGAAAGAUAAGGAUGCUUCCUCAGGACAAGGCUGGUUCAGCACGCUUCCGGGGUUUGAGGGUUUGUUAGGGGCAAGGAAUGUAAGGGCAAGUCUCUCACCUCUUCAUGCGGAGUUGGAGGCUCUAAUUUGGGCAAUGGAAUGCAUCAAGAACUUAAGACAGUAUCGGGUCACGUUUGCAACGGAUUGUUUUCAAUUGGUGAAGAUGGUUUCAGAACCAUAAGAAUGUCCAGCAUUUGAAAGCUACCUGGAUGACAUUAAGCUUUUGAGAAGAAGAUUUACCAACUCAGAGAUUGUUCAUGUUCCCAGGACGGAAAACAUAAAGGCGGAUCGCUUGGCACGCAGUGCUCGGACACAACCGUCUUUCGUCGUACACAUG